UCGGAGUACUUAAGGCCGGGAGCGACAAAGCGCUCCUAGAGUCGACAGCUCUAGCCACACAGUCCCCGCGCCGUCGCCGGAGCGGAGGAAGGGCGAGUCGAACCAGAGGACCGCAGGGAGCAGGACGCUUUACGAUGCCGAUCGCCAUGAGGCUGGAGGCAGCGCGCGAGCUGGAGUGCGAGGCUCUGGGCACGCUGCUGCGGGAGCCGCGGGAGGCCGAGCGCACGCUGCUGCUUGACUGCCGCCCGUUCCUGGCCUUCUGCCGGAGCCACGUGCGCGCCGCACGACCUGUGCCUUGGAACGCGCUGCUGCGGCGCCGUGCGCGCGGCACACCCGCCGCCGCCCUCGCCUGCCUGCUGCCGGACCGCGCACUGCGGGCGCGCCUGAGCCGCGGGGAGCUGGCUCGCGCAGUGGUGCUGGACGAAAGCAGCGCGUCUGUAGCCGAGCUCCAGCCGGACGGCCCCGCUCACCUGCUGCUAGCCGCACUUCUGCAUGAGGUGUGCGCGGGAUCCACAGCCGUGUGCUUCCUACGAGGCGGCUUCGAAAACUUCCAGGCAUGCUGCCCUGAUCUGUGCUCUGAAGCCCCUGCCCAGGCACUGCCUCCUGCUGGGACCGAAAAUAACAGCUCUGACUCUAAGGCUCCCAUCUAUGACCAGGGUGGUCCUGUGGAAAUUUUACCCUACCUGUACUUGGGUAGCUGCAGCCACUCCUCAGACCUUCAGGGCCUGCAGGCCUGCAGUAUCACAGCAGUUCUCAAUGUCUCGGCCAGCUGCCCCAACCAUUUUGAGGGUCUUUUCCAUUACAAGAGCAUCCCAGUAGAAGAUAACCAGAUGGUGGAAAUUAGUGCCUGGUUCCAGGAGGCUAUUGACUUCAUUGGUAAGGGAGCCUCAGCCCAGGGAUGUGUGGCUACUGUCGGGGAGAAGGUAGAGGGGCAGCUGUUUCCUCUGUCCAUCAUCCUGUCUGACUCCUCCCUCCCCACUUCCUUUUCAGACUCUGUCAAGAACAGUGGGGGCCGGGUGCUGGUGCACUGCCAAGCUGGCAUCUCUCGCUCAGCCACCAUCUGCCUGGCAUACCUGAUUCAGAGCCACCGAGUACGGCUGGAGGAGGCCUUUGACUUUGUUAAGCAGCGACGGGGAGUCAUCUCCCCCAACUUUGGUUUCAUGGGGCAGCUGCUGCAGCUUGAGACCCAGGUGCUGUGCCACUGAGGCUAACCCCACCCCAUGGCACUGGCUCUCGUGGACUCCUGGGGGAAGCUACUGGGACUCUUGGCUGGGCUCCUCUCUGGCCUAGCUCAUCUCUCACCUUGUCCUCAAGUUGGGGUGCUGGAAAGCCAGAAUGAUGGCUUUUCUGAUAUGGUGCUCUUCUGAGGGGUGGGGUUUAAGGGCUGGCCCUUAUUAAGGGAUGGGGCAGAUAGGAUAUUUGCUCUCCCUUCCCCGCCUC